AUGGCGAGCGCGCGCCGAUGGGGGGGGGGGGGUCUUGCUUGCUCCACACCGAGCGCCAUCGGUCCGGACCGGCGUGCCCACCGAGGGGUGGCCUGCACAAGGUGUUGCAACCUGGUGGGCACCCUAUUAUGGGUGGUCGAGGCAGGCGGGGCCGGCGGAGCGAGCGAGGCGGGCGAGUCGGUCGGGUCGACCGGGUCGACCGAGCCCGGCGCCCCCCCGCCCCCCCCGCACGCGGCCUCUGGGCGGUAUGCGGCGCUGGCGGACCCGGAGGGUGCAGCAUCGGAGGCGAUGGAGCUCGACGAGGGCUGCGGCGGUGCGCCAGCCGGCCUCCCACCCGGCGUCCGGCCGACGCUCUCCGGCGCCGGCUCGCCUCUCAAGGCAUUCGGCGGGGGCUGCGCAUGCUGCCCGGCUAGCGCCGACGCCUCGCCCGCCUGCGACCUCUGCCACGACGACGGCGCCGACAUGACGGCCGAGGAGGCUGCAGCGGCUGACCGCGGGCCUGCUGAGGGCGCCGGCGGGGGGGGGGAGGGCGGAGGGGGGGCAAGCGCCGCCGCCACAACAAACGCGGCGGAGCCGGCGGCGGCCGAGGCGGCGCGGGCGGUCUCCGCCAGGUCGGCGACGGAGGCGGCGGCGAGAGCGGCGGAGGCGGCGACGGCCGCAGCGACGGCGACGGCGACGGUGGCAGCGACGGCGGCGGCGGCGGCGGCGGCGGCGGCGGCGGCGGCGGCGGCGGCGGCGGCGGCGGCGGUGGCGGCGGCGGCGUAA